AAUUGUACUUGUAUCUUUGGAUCUUGAAUACUGAAGCAAUGAUGCAGGGGGCUCUGGUUAGGGUUAGGGUAAAGGCUAGGUUAACUCUCGGCUUUCUCUAUAAAUUGUACUCAAAUUCAUGUAUUUUCUCAUGUUUCUCUUUAAAUUGUAAUCAAAUUCAUAUAUUUUCUCAUGGAUUCAGCCAUGGCCAGGGUAGAGGUGGAUGGAAAAUGUAGCAUUUUCCCUGCCCGCCCUUCUCUACCGCAGCAAUGCAAACUCACCUAUUCGGAUCUGCAGCUGUUGUACGUCCAUUAUACGCAGAAAUGCCUCUUCUUCUCCACCCCUACAAGCUGCACAAUCCAAGAUUUUGAGUCCAUGGUGGAGCGCCUGAAGAAAAGCCUGUCGGAAACCCUAGUUUACUUCUAUCCGUUGGCAGGAAGACUGAAAACAUGUGACGGCGAGGUGUAUAUUGACUGUAAUGACAGUGGAGCAGAGUUUAUAGAAGCAUCUGCGCCAGAUCUUUGCCUUGCACAAGUCAUGGGGGAUAGCAUCCCUCAUCAGCUCUUUCCUUUCAAUGGUGUUUUCAGCAUAAAUGGCCACUUUCUGCCGUUGUUAGUGGUUCAGGUGACAAAGUUGAUAGAUGGAAUCGUAUUGGCAUUUAUAAUCAACCACUCACUUGCUGAUGGGUCUUCAAAUUGGCAUUUCAUUAAUUCUUGGGCUCAACUAUGUCGAGAACCUUUAAGCAUUCCUCUCUUUCCAUUACACACACGUUGUUUCACUACAACUUCUCCAGUAAAGAUCAACUUACAACACAACAAUAUAAGCAAACAAAGGUUUGAUAAUUUUACCCCACCACCAUUAAGUGAAAAAAGAUUUCAUUUCAAUGAGCAAAUCAUAUCUCUUCUAAAGAAAGAAGCCAAUGAGGCAUUGAAAGAGAAAUCCAUCUACAUCUCCUCCUUUCAAGCAUUGUGUGCACAUAUAUGGCAAGGAAUCACACGAGCUCGAGGGCUUUCUCCUAACGAAGAAACUAGAUUUUGUUUUUCAAUGAAUUGUCGAUCUAAAAUGGUCCCUCCAUUGCCUUACUCAUACUUUGGCAAUGCUCUUCAAGGAGUUGGGGCAAGCAUCACAACAAAAGAACUUUUGAGUGGUAGUAGAGCUUCAAUAGCCCUAAUGUUGCAUCGCACCAUAGCAUCACACCAAGAUGCUCAAAUUCGAGCUGAAUUAGACAAGCCUCCAAGAUUUCCUGAUUUGAAAGAUUUUCUUAGCACUAAUUCCAUUGUGGUGGGAAGUUCUCAUAGAUUUCCUAUAUAUAAUAAUGAUUUUGGAUGGGGAAGUCCAAUAAGUGUUAGUAGUGGAUGGGCAAACAAAUUUGAUGGAAAAUUAACUGUGUAUCCUGGACGUGACAAAUCGGGAAGUAUAGAUAUAGAGGUUUGUCUUCUUCCUCAAACCAUGAAUGCUCUGGAAUUUGACACGCAUUUUAUUUGCCCUUUUAAUGAUUGAGAACAAAGCUAAUUUUGUAGGGCCACUCAGUAAAAUUUGUUAGGUUUUUCUUUCAAAAUUGUGAAGGGGCAUGCUUCUCUUUGAGACACCCCCUUUCUUCUAUGUCCUUAAUAACUGGCUUUUUCAAUAGUUAAUUAUCUCUUCCAUAUACAACCAAUCAUGAUGAUUGAAUUUCCAAAAAUCUCAACUUUACAAGUGUGCUCUUUGCUUGAGAAAGGUUUAAAGAGAAGACACCCAUGUGUGCUCAUUUUCUUCAAUUACUAAA